UAAUACCGAAGCGGCUUCCAGGGCGACUAUCAACGUCUUUGGUGGUGGCCAAAGAGGAGAGACGUGCGGCGAGGAGGAUCGAGCAGGGAACAGGCCUGGUCGACUUACGCCAUUUCCACCUGCGCUACCGCUGGCCGAUUUGCUCAGAUGCCGAUCAGCUCGCUGUUUGGGGCGGACAAGAUGCCACCCCCGUCAGCUGCUUCGGCGUCUGGAUUGGCGAGUUGGAGGGAGCACCGCAAGUACCGUGUGGGCGUCGUUGUAUGUGCGUGUUUCGUGCUAUGCAGCGUCGUCGUUGGAAGAGAGUUGGAAGAACCCACGCGGAAAAAGCUGGCUGUGAGCGUCACGGCCUGGAGACGAUCAGCAACCCCCUCGUCGCCUUAGGCCCUGCUGCUUAGCCCUAGAAUGCUGGAAUGACUAGCAGCGCUAUGCGUGCUUGCUUGCAUGUGCCGCAGUGGUGUCCCAGUAUCGGAUGGAUCAGAUGUUGGAUGGCUCGAGUGAGGGGGAAGAGAAAGCUUGGCUGGAGGGCCCUGAUGCUAGUCCCGAGAUUUAUAAAAGACCCCGAGAUCCGCACCUCUGCCUCGUUCCAUUCUAUAGUCAGCAAGCAACAACAUCGUGUGAUUAUUCAGCCUUAUCUCGCAACUCUGUGCAAUAACGCCAUUCAGCCAGCAACACAUUCUAUUAUCGACGACAUUUAACUCUCUACUCUCUUCUCUUUC